UAUAUUUUUACUGAUUUAGAUGUAACAAUUUUUUUAAAUAUAUUUGUACGUAUUUUUAAGUAUUAUACCAAUCUGCUUUAAUGUAUAUAGAGCAGAACGGAAUCGAACACAUGGCAUGUUGCAACAACAUGUUUUUCGCCGCCUUUUAAUAAAGUUGCGUUGAUAACGAAAGAAGAACGUUAACACUUUUUCAAUGUUAUAAUACUAUACAUUUUCUUUACGAAAAGUAAAUUUGAUCUUGCCAUAAAUAUUGGGAACAAAUAAUUUUGUAGCAUAUUUUACGUUGAUAUGAAGUGCAUUUAUUAAUUAUAAUAUGCAUUAAUGUUUGUCUAGAUUACAAUAUUACAAAAUAUCUAGAUAAAAGUGUUGGUAUGAGUUUUAUUGUACGAAAUAUGCGAUCAUUGCAAUUGAUCGAAACGUUGUUGUCGGAUAUAUGAUAUAAAGUGCUUUUGUUUUAACAUAACAAAAUACAAGUAGAAUAUUAGAAUUGAAGAAAUAAUUCAUUUUGCAAAGAAGGAACAUCAUUCACAAUGCCACAGAACGAAUAUAUUGAAAGGCAUCGUAAAUUAUACGGUCGCCGGUUGGAUUAUGAAGAAAGGAAGAGGAAAAGAGAAGCUCGUGAACCCCAUAAACGGGCAGAACGUGCUCGUACUCUACGUGGGAUAAAAGCAAAGAUAUUUAAUAAAGAAAGACGAAAUGAAAAGAUUCAAAUGAAAAAGAAAAUCAAAUCUCACAUGGAACAGAAAGUGAAGAAAGACUCGAGAAAGGUGUCAGAUGGAGCAUUACCAGUAUAUUUAUUGGAUCGUGAUGUUAAGAAAGAUGCAAAGGUAUUAUCAAAUAUGAUAAAACAGAAACGCAAAGAAAAAGUUGGUAAAUGGGAUGUUCCAAUUCCUAAAGUUAAAACACAGUCAGAGUCUGAAGUUUUUAAAAUAUUGAGGAGUGGAAAAACCAAACGUAAAUCAUGGAAAAGAAUGGUGACAAAAGUAACAUUUGUUGGUGAAAACUUCACAAGGAAGCCACCAAAGUUUGAAAGAUUUAUCAGACCAAUGGCGUUACGUUUUAAAAAAGCACACGUAACUCAUCCUGAAUUGAAAGCUACAUUUUGCAUACCAAUUAUUGGAGUAAAGAAAAAUCCAUCUUCCACUAUGUACACAAGUUUAGGUGUUAUAACCAAAGGAACAAUAAUUGAAGUAAACAUAUCAGAAUUGGGAUUGGUAACACAGUCCGGGAAAGUAGUUUGGGGAAAGUAUGCACAAGUCACAAAUAAUCCUGAAAAUGAUGGUUGUAUUAAUGCUGUAUUGCUUGUGUAAAAUGACACCAUUAAAUUAUGAUUAUUGUUAUGUGAUUGUUCUGUACAAAUAAAAACCAUUUAUAAUAAAAGCUACAUUCGACCAUAAAAA